AUGGAGCGCACAGGAAAGAUCUUCUUUUAUGAGGACAAGAACUUCCAGGGUCACUACUACGAAUGCAGCAGCGACUGUCCUGAGCUCAGCUCACACUUCAGUCGCUGUAACUCCAUCCGUGUGGAGGGUGGGGCCUGGGUCAUCUAUGAGAGACCCCAGUAUAUGGGCUACCAGUACAUCCUCAUGAAAGGGGAGUAUCCAAAUUACCAGAGCUGGAAUGGCUUCAAUGAAACCAUUCGCUCCUGUCGUCUUAUCAGACAGCCAUCCAGCAGGUACAGGAUCCGCAUCUAUGAACGUCCAGACUUCAGUGGCCAGAUGAUGGAGUUAAGUCAGGACCUGCCCAACCUGCAGGACCGUUGGCGCUACCGUGACAUCCACUCAGCCAAUGUUCAGGAUGGAAUCUGGGUCUUCUAUGAGAAUCCAAAUUACAGGGGGCGUCAGUACCUGCUAGAAAAAGGUGAAUACAGACGUCACUCUGAGUGGGGGGCUCUGCACUCCACUGUGGGCUCCAUUAGACAUGUUGUUGACAUUUAA